AGUCAGUCGUAGUAAUGCGAAGCUUAUUUUUAUGUUCUUAUAUUUGUAGCAUAAUACGUAUUAAAUUAAAUCAAAUAAUCAGUUUUCGUGAGUGUAAACAUAUAAAUUGCGCUACUCGUUCAAAGUAAUUAAAAUUACAGAUACAUACAAAAUUGUUAUCUAAAUUUCAAUUAAACAAUAUUGUGCUUAAAGUGGUCGAGUUAUAUUUCUUAUCAUUCCGUAAUAAGCAUAUUUAUUAUAAUUUCCUAAUUGCAAUGGAUAUUUUAAAAGCUGAAAUAGCUAAAAAGCGAAAAUUACUAGAAGAAAAAAAUAUUCUUGAUCCAAACAAGAACAAAAAAUAUUUUAAAAGAGGUGAUCUAUUAGCUAAGGAACAAGAGGAAUACUUUAAAAAGUAUGGACCAUGUAAAACUGAGGAUGUGGAUAGCAAUAAUAAGGUGGAGCAAUCUGAAAGAGCUACUAAACAAGAGAAAUCAGAAGUAGAACAAACAGAAGUUGUAUCAUUACCAAGAUCUGAAGUAAUCAAAAGAUUGAGAGAACGAGGCCAUCCCAUUUUAUUGUAUGGAGAAAAUGAAGUUCAAUCAUUUAGGAGAUUAAGAAGGAUAGAAAUCCAGGAACCUGAGGCAAACAGAGGUUUUAGAAAUGACUUCCAGGAAGCUAUGGAAAAAGUAGAUCAAGCUUAUUUAAAUGAAAUAUUAGCACUUGGAACACAGACUGACACUGAAAAGUCUUUGAAAGAAGAUGCUUUAGAUGACUCCAUCACAUAUGAAUUUAUUCAAGAAAUGGCCAAAACAAUGGGUCAAGGUGACAGAAAUCAUGAUAUGAAUGUAAUUAUGACUCUUUUACAGUUCCUCCUUAAACUAUGGGGUCAACAACUAAAUUCUGCAACUGCAGCUGAAAAAACGGCAAUAAAACAUAAAAUGACAAGAGCAACAUUCACGCAAACACAAGUUUAUCUUAAACCUCUAAUGAGGAAAUUGAAGAAGAAAAAUUUGCCAGAGGAUAUUUGUGAUAGUCUUAUGGAAAUUACAAAACAUUUAUUAGAAAGAAAUUAUAUUAUGGCUAGCGAUGCAUAUCUACAGAUGGCAAUAGGCAAUGCCCCAUGGCCCAUUGGUGUAACUAUGGUGGGUAUUCAUGCUCGUACUGGACGUGAAAAGAUUUUUUCCAAAAAUGUAGCUCAUGUAAUGAAUGACGAAACUCAAAGAAAAUACAUUCAAGCUCUAAAAAGAUUAAUGACAAAAUGUCAAGAAUACUUCCCAACAGAUCCAUCUAGAUGUGUGGAAUAUAGUACAACAGGAUGCGCUUUCUUGGGUUUGAACGAAGUGAGCGCAGGCACAGACGCAGGGGAAGGCGAGGGUGCGGGUCGGCCGCUUCCGGCGCGAAUUGUGAGCGGUGUGGCCAGGGCUGCCACCCGUGCUGCUGGACUGGUAGCAGCCGCUCGUGCGAUGUUCCGGGGUGGUUUCACAACAGUAUCAAACGAUGCCAAAAAGAACAAGAACAAAUUAAAAAAUUUGACAGUGAAUAUUAAAAAAGCGCAAGAAGCGAAGAAAGCGCCCGUUAAACAAACAAAGAUGGUUUACUUUGAUACUGUUGUGAAACCACCCCGGAACAUCGCACGAGCGGCUGCUACCAGUCCAGCAGCACGGGUGGCAGCCCUGGCCACACCGCUCACAAUUCGCGCCGGAAGCGGCCGACCCGCACCCUCGCCUUCCCCUGCGUCUGUGCCUGCGCUCACUUCGUUCAAACCCAAGAAAGCGCCUCUCAUGCAAAAAAAAACUCUGACGUUUGUUUUUACAUGUUUACUAAUUAUUCUUUUUAAAGAACAAAAUUUUUAUCCAAUUAAUUAUAAAUCAAUAGAAAUGAUUCUGGAAUAUUUAUUUAAGUUUCAUUUUGACGACUGCCUAAAUAUUUUAUCAGGAACAGAUAACUUGGAAUAUUAUAGUAUUAAAAUAGAUUUUUUAAAACUCUUUGAAACUUACCCCGAUGUUGGUGACAAAGUAUUAUGCAGUCCUGUAGAAAGCUUACCGGUUUGUAGACAAGAUAUAAUCAAGGCACAACAAAAUAUUCUUGAAGAAGAAGAAUAUAAAACAAUAAUCAAUAAAUUAAAUUACAAAUUUGUGAAGAAAAAUGUUCACGCUAGGUUUUUCGGUUUACCAGUUUGUCCUGAACUACACAGGACAGUUUUUCCCAAAAAUGUGGAUUUGGGAUGUUUUCUAAAAGUUACAGGUACAGUGGUGAGGGUAACACAAUCUAAAAUGCUUGAAUAUCAAAGAAAAUAUAUUUGUAUGAAGUGUAAGUUUGAAAAUAAUGUAGAAGCCGAGUUUGAGUAUAGAUACAUAUUAAAGGCUCCGUUAAAGUGUGGUAAUACAGAUUCCAGAUGUAGAUGUUCUACAUUUACACAGGUUCAUCUAGUUUCAAGAGAGCAUUGCAAGGAUUAUCAGGAAAUAAAGAUACAGGAACAGGUUAAUAAACUAAAUAUUGGUACUAUACCAGGUUCCAUGUGGGUAGUUUUAGAAGAUGACCUUGUGGAUUCUUGUAAACCAGGUGAUGAUGUUAAUAUAUGUGGAAUAGUACGUCGCCGAUGGAGGCCAACAGUCCAAACAAAGAAGGCUGAAGUAGAAUUGGUCCUGCAAGCAAACUUUGUUGAAGUAUGCAACUCGCAGAGAUCUGAGGUGGUGGCUACUGCUCCAGAUAUUAAAGAGUGCUUCAAUGACUUUUGGUCUAAAUUUGAAGCCUGCCCAUUAAAAGGUCGAGACCAGAUUUUAGCCUCUGUGUGUCCACAGGUGUAUGGAUUACAUCUAGUAAAGCUCGCAGUACUUCUCACAGUGAUUACUGGUUCAAAUCACAUUACUGAGUGUGAAGAAGAGAAGAAAAUUUCACAAGAUGAAAAGCAUAGUACAAGAGUUCGAGGACAAUGUCACUUGUUAUUAGUAGGGGAUCCAGGUACGGGCAAAUCGCAGUUACUUCGUGCGAGUGCGGAGUUGACUGCGCGUUCAGUAUUCACAUCUGGCGCUGGCAGCACGCGUGCUGGUCUCACCUGUGCCGCUCUCAGGGAAGAUGGUGAGUGGCAGCUUGAAGCUGGCGCGUUGGUGUUGUCAGAUGGCGGCGUUUGCUGUAUUGAUGAGAUAUCACAACUUCGAGAGCAUGACCGAACUGCCAUACACGAGGCUAUGGAACAACAGACUAUAUCUAUUGCGAAGGCUGGCAUAGUGUGUAAGCUGAAUACGCGAUGCGCCGUCAUAGCUGCCUGCAAUCCUAAAGGUCAUUAUGAGACUGACCAACCACUCAGUGUCAAUGUUUCAUUGGGCACUCCACUCUUGAGUAGGUUUGAUUUAAUAUUUAUAUUACUGGACUCUAAAAAUAAAUCAUGGGAUAAGCUUGUUUCGUCGUAUAUUUUGUUUGGUGGUUCUGGUGCAAUGGAUAAAAAAAGAUGGAAUAUAGAAAAAUUGCAGAUGUAUAUAAGUUUGAUAGGACCAAAAUAUGCAGAAAUGACACAUUCAGCCAAUAUUAUACUUCAGUCGUAUUACAUGAUGCAGCGAAAAUCGGAAAAUAGGGAUCCGUCUCGUACAACAGUUAGAAUGCUGGACAGUCUUGUCAGAUUAUCUCAAGCUCAUUGUCGAUUAAUGUAUCGUUCAACUAUACUACCCAUGGAUGCAAUUACAGCAGUAUCUCUUGUAGAUUUGUCUAUGCAAGAUUGCACUUUGAAUGAUACAGUAGAUGCUUUACAUACAACAAUCCCAAAAUAUUCAGAUUUUGAAUACUUACGUACAGCAAAGAAACUCCUUACUAGACUCAAUUUACUAGAUAUAUGGAGAAACGAAUUAUUAUAUUAUGGAAAAUUGCUUCAAGUAGAUCACAAAACUUUAGAAGCAGAUAUAGAUAAUGGCAAUUGUAAUUUAUUUGAAAGAUUUGAUGACAUUACUGAUGAAUCUCUGCCUAUUUCAGCAUCACUAGUUACAAGCUCUUAUUUUCAUAAUGACAAUAGAAGACAAGUUUCUGAAAAUUAUUUUAAUGAAAAUAGUAAAGGUGACAACCUUCAAAAUAGGUUUCACAGUGAGAGAUUAGCAGCUACAUUAAAAAAACAUGCGACAAUGAAUAAAAUUGAGAAAAAGCCGUCAAUAGCGCAAAAGAAAAACCGAAAACGAAAGGAAGUAACAGUUAAUGUUAGUCUUAAUAAAAAUAGGAAUCCUAAAAGGUUUAAAAAGGGUAAAGAUAUAAGUGAAAUAGGUAAUAUUUCGGAUAGUGAAGAAGAUACAAAUAUUUUAUUGGAUGCAGUUCCAAGUGUAAAUGAUGUAUUUAAAGAUUUAGAAAUUAAUCUAAAUUUUGAUGUUAAUGAUCAUAAUAAAAAUAAUGGUAGUCUUAAAUUAGCAAAUAAAAAACAAUUAAGGAUGUCAUUGUAUGAAAAUAAUGACAAUAUAGAAAUCGAAGAAAAUCAUGAGAGUAGCUCUCAAAAUGUAAUAGUUAAUAAUUGUGAAAAUUUACAUCAAAGCCCAAAUUUAAAAGAAAAUGUUGAAUCAAGUAACAUAUCUAAAACAAAUAAACAAAAAAUUCAGAUUGAUGAAAGUAAAGCCUUAAAUAUUUCAAAUAAGUUAAAACAAUUUCAGUUUUCUGAGAAACAUGAUCUUAGUAAGUUCUAUACAGAGAAAAUAAUUAAAAUUGAAUCUGACGAAACUGUGAUAAAAUUAGAAAAACUUGAUGAAAGUCAUUUAAGUGAAUCAUCAAGAAAGAAGGUUGCAAAUUCACAAAUAUCUAUGUUUGAGAGUUCAGACUGUGAUAUUGAUUUAGAUAUUUAGGUAUAAAUUGUUAAUCAUGCCAUUAAAGUGAUAUUUUGUAUUAAAAUACAUAAAUAUGAUA